AUGUACCGUCAUAUUACGUUACCGAGACCAGCUGAUUUCCACUCCCAGGGAUGCUUUGACCUUCUCUUGUCCUUCUACCCCUCCCUGAUGCCUGCUUCUCUUGAUUUACACUUUAUUCAUAUACUUUUAACUGGGUGUGAUAUGGAAAAAAUCAAGUUGAUCAGCCGAAAAGACCACGAGUGUUCGCCGCAUCCGCUGUACAACACGGAGGCAUGUCGCUCUACCUGCCUUCAUAAGCACGUUGUUCACCGUCACGGCUGCAAGUACGCCUUCGUGGGUUCUCUGCUGCCAUACAUGGACGUGGAAGGCCCAGAAUGCCGAACGCCCGAGAAGGUGAAGGCCGUCGAGGGAAGCAUGAGGUACCUCUUCUUCAACGGGCACUUCAACUACACCCCCUGCGGCUGCGUACCCGAGUGCUUCUCCGCUCUCUACCGCCAGAACACCGACACCACGUGGAACACCAACAGGAACGCGAUUAUGAAGGUGUAUUUCGCAGGAACUGAGUACGAGGAGGUGGUGGAGUCGUACUCCUUUUCCUCCUCAAACCUCGUGAGCCGCAUUGGAGGCUUCAUGGGCCUGCUUCUGGGAGCGUCGGUCCUCUCCCUCCUUCAGGCUGGGGAGCUGCUCCUCCACAAGGCAAGGAGGAUGCUCUACUGGGCCCUGUGCGCGGUUCUACGUGGCGAGACAGAAUAGUAUUCAUUUCUUGUGAAGGUGUGGAUGUAUUUUGUAAAAAGGUAUCCAGGUGUAUCAAGUAACGUCAGAAGCUUUGAAUGAAGUCUUAGGAUGUGAAGAUAAUGUUAUGGUGAUCUGUGUUAUUGGUAAAUAAAACGUAGUUCCAGGAUGCUUAUAAUGGUUAUAGCAGGCAUGAUGUGAAGCUCAUGUCAAAUAUUUGAAAUGGUAUUAUUAUAUAAUA